AUGGAUAAGUUAACGAAACUUGUAGAGCGACUUGAGAACAUAGCUGACCAUUUGGAAACAGCAAAUAUUCGUGAAAAAUCGUUAAAAUUAAUUGAAGGAGACAAUAAUAAUUCCGUUGUUUUACAACCUUCAAAAAUCCCAACAAUGAAUAGUGCCUUAAAUGCUCCUCUUCAAAAACUCGUCUCCCUUAGUGCGGACAUAAGCCCUGAUGUCAAAAAACAGUGUGAUUUGCUUGUUGUUGCCUUCAAAGCUGUAUCAGAUUUUGUCGAAUCCGCUUCCUCAAUGUCAAAGCCUAGUGACUCCCAACUUCCUGGUGUUCUUAGCCCAUGUUCUGCUGCCAUUCAAAAGGUUGUGGAAUACAAGGACGCCAAUCGAAGCUCUGCUGACUUUAACCAUUUGGCUGCUGUCGCUGAAUCUGUAUCGGCUCUAGGAUGGGUAGCCAUGUCCGGAAAGCCUUGUGAUUACAUUGAAGAAAUGUCAGAAGCUGGAAAAUUUUACUCAAAUCGAAUUUUGAAAGAGUUCAAGGAUAACAAUAUGCUCGUUUGUGAUAUUGUCUUCCAUCCUCGUUGUAGAGACGAGAAGCGCGUUCAGUGGGUGCACGCACUGACUGAUCUCUGGAAGCAGCUGAAAGCUUACACUAGUGCCAACUACCCAAGUGGUCUGGUCUGGGGCAGCGCGGGUUCUCCCUCUUUUGCCCCUCCACCAUCAUCAGGUGGAGCUCCACCACCGCCACCCCCUCCUUGUCCUGAGCCCUCUGAGUCUUCAGCACAGCCUUCUGGUCCAGACACUAGGGCACUGUUUGCUGAAAUCAACCGUGCUGAUGCUGCAAGCAGGGGUCUUCGCAAGGUGAAAAAGGGCGCAGAACACGCUGCCGGUGGAGUUGUCCCGAGUGGAGCUAAGAAAACCGCUGCACCGGCCAUCCCUGCACGACCUGACCAACGCAAGGCCGUCGACCAAUCCAAAGUGGAACUGAUUGGGAAUAAGUGGAAUGUGGUAAGCACUUUGAUCUCUGCCACACUAUUGACUCACCUGUGUGUUGAUACAAUGGAUUUGUUUAAGAGAUGGCAGAAGUAG